CGCCGCCGACCGAUCGUCGUCCAUGGUGAGGUCCCAGUCUCUCGACAGCUACUCCUCCGUCCAGGACGUCACCUACAGCUGCGGCUACUGCGGCUACGCGCUGAACCUGAGCUCCUCGGCGCGGGACACGGCCACCAUCGGCUACUCCAAGUACGGCAAGCAGAUCAGGAAGGGCGUCGUCGCCUUCCACGCCGUCGACGAGGCCCGAUUCACGCUGGCCGACGAGGUCACCUGCGCGCCCCACUUCCGCCCGGGGCGCGCCUGGUCAUGGUCAUGGGGCCUCUUCAGGAGGAGGUCCCGCCUGCUCUGCCGCAAGUGCGGCGCCCGCAUCGGCGUCGCAUACCAACAACAGGACGACGGUGAGGACUCCGCCGGUCUCUCCGCGUGCAGCGGCGGCUCGGACGACGACCUGCGCACGAACUCAGCUGACAGCGGCGCGUCGAGGCGGAGGAGCUACGUGAUCAGGAUCGGCGCGCUGCAGCCCUCCUCGGACGAUUUCACCGCUGUCCCCUUCUCCCUAUGACGAGCAUA